UUGGCAAUACUGAAGUAAACAAAUAUGGCGAAAUGUCAAAAUUUAGUAUACGUGAUACCAAUUUGUUAGUUUUUAUUAUAAAUUUUAGUUAAAUACUUUCCAAAACAUUACACGAAAUUCAAAUUCAGUUCCACAAUAUGGCCCAACAACAGUCGUAUUUGCCGGAAGUGGUGCCACUUCCGCUACCCGACGACGUCCUCACCGACAUCGUGGAAAAAUCGAAGGACUGGUGUUUGAUGCACGGGGCGGCGAUGCGACCGAAAUCCAACUAUUCCGAGGACUCCAUAACGUUCGCGCCAUUCACGCUCUUGCCGUCGCCGUUUCCCCGACGGGAGUUCGCGAAGGCCGUGCGCAUCCAGACGAUCUUAAACGAGUUGGUGCACAGAUGCGCGAACGAUCGCGCCUUUCUUACCGAAUGCCUGCACGACGCUAUCCAGGUCGACGAGUUCACCGGGGGGCUGUUUAAGAUAUAUGAGACAGUACAGACGGAAGGUGUAGCCCAGCCAUUGUCGUUGGGCAUGCUGCGCAGCGAUCUGAUGUUAGAGACCCUGUGUCGUCAGGAUAACAGCAGCGACGAAGACCUGAACGAAGAACGAUUGAGACCGUACUGCUGUUGGAAACAGGUCGAAAUGAACACCAUUGCCUCCGGUUUCGGAUUUUUGGGUCCGGUUUCCUCCCGAAUUCAUAGAUACGUUUUACAAGAAUUGGGACAUUCCGAUAAGCUUGCAAAUUUGCCAGAAAAUAAUGCUCUUCAAGGCUUAUGUGGAGGCAUGAUCGAAGCCUGGAAGAUCUAUGGUAAAUUGGAGGCGGUUAUCCUAUUCGUGGUCGAAGAUGUGACUUAUAACAUUUGCGAUCAGCGUUUCCACGAGUUCGAAAUUCGACAUAUGAAUCCUGAGGUGAAGGUGAUACGCAGAACACUGACGCAGAUCGCCGCUAAGGGUUCCCUUUCGUCGGAGAAUGAACUGAUAGUAGACGGGCAUGUAGUCGCCGUCGUAUACUUCCGGGCCGGAUACGAACCCGGUCAUUAUCAUGGAAAAAAGGAGUGGGACGCGAGACUAAUGAUUGAACGGUCGUUGGCUAUAAAAUGUCCAUCGAUUCACUAUCACUUGGCCGGCACGAAAAAGGUUCAACAGGCACUGGCCAAACCGGGAGCUCUGGAGCAAUUCGUGUCUGAUCCGAAAAGUAUCGAGGCUCUCAAAGAGAUUUUCACCGGACUUUACUCCUUGGACUUCGACGAGACGGGCGAACGUGCCCUUCAAAUGGCUCUCAACGAUCCUGAGAAAUACGUGUUGAAACCACAACGUGAGGGUGGUGGCAAUAACGUAUACGGCUCAGAAAUACGCACUGCACUGUUGAAAAUGAAGAAUUCGAAAGAGCGGGCCGCUUGGAUCCUGAUGGAUCGGAUCCGACCGCCGAUAACUAAAGGUUAUUUGGUGAGGGCCGGCGGUCCCAACCCUCCUCCGGUCUCCGAAAUGGUGUCCGAGCUGGGCAUUUUCGGCGUCGUGAUCGGUGAUUCGCAAAAAAUCCUCGUCAAUCGACAGGUGGGACACAUGUUGCGCACUAAAAUGUCAGAUGCUAAUGAGGGAGGUGUUGCUGCUGGUUCCGGUGCCUUGGAUAGUCCCUAUCUAGUUGACUAGGCUUUUAUUUUAUAUAUGUCGCAUAUGUUGUUCUACAGGUUAUAUUUUUGCACAGAGAAUAAAGUAUAUUUGCUGUUAAAA